UGUGUUAUGUAUACAUAGUUCAUGAAGAGAAAAUUGUUGAUUUGAGGUCAUUAUUUACUCAUCAAAUGAGUAAAUAUUUUAAUAAUUGACUUUAAAUCGACUGAAAUGCAGCAAAAAAUCAAAUACAAAAGAUUUAAUUGAAAAAGUUGUGGUGUAGGAGAAUUCUCCAGUGCUUUUAAACGUUAACCCGCUUGACCCACCCAUAAAAAAUAUUCUCUAUGGGCGCAGUCUAGUGAAAACUCUAUUAGCAUAAUUAAAGUUACUCCUUCAUUAAUGAAAGCUAAUUAAAAACUAUAUAAAACACGCAAAAAAUGACUGAGAAAAUUACAUUAGCUGACGCUCUAUCCAAUGUGGAAGUUCUUGAUGAAUUAUCCUUGCCAGAUGAACAGCCCUGUAUAGAGGCUCAACCGUGUUCGGUUAUAUACAAAGCCAAUUUUGAUACAAAUUUUGAGGACCGCAAUGGUUUUGUAACGGGUAUAGCCAAAUACAUUGAAGAGGCCACUACCCAUGCAAAUCUGAAUGUCUUACUGGAAGAAGGUCAAAAACAUGCGGUAAUGCUUUAUACUUGGCGAUGUUGUUCUCGAGCUAUACCGCAGCCUAAAUCAAAUGAACAACCGAACCGUGUAGAAAUCUACGAGAAAACUGUCGAAGUGUUAGCGCCCGAAGUGAAUAAACUUUUGAAUUUCAUGUAUUUUCAGCGAAAGGCGAUUGAAGCCUUUUCGGGAGAAGUCAAACGUCUUUGCCAUGCAGAGAAACGUAAGGAUUUUGUUUCCGAGGCGUAUUUAUUAACAUUGGGAAAAUUCAUCAAUAUGUUCGCGGUUUUGGACGAGCUGAAGAAUAUGAAAUCCAGUGUGAAAAAUGAUUACAGUACCUAUCGUCGUGCUGCUCAAUUUCUUAAAGUCAUGUCGGACUCGCACACUCUCCAGGAGUCACAAAAUCUCUCCUUAUUCUUGGCAACACAAAACAAAAUACGUGAUACUGUUAAAGAUACGCUAGAGAAGAUUGUAGGUUAUGAAGACCUUUUGUCGGAUGUAGUGAAUAUAUGCGUUCAUAUGUUCGAAACGAAAAUGUAUUUGACACCAGAAGAAAAACACAUGCUGGUGAAAGUCAUGGGUUUCGGCCUAUUUCUCAUGGACAGUGAGGCGUGCAAUAUCAAUAAACUAGAUCAGAAGAAAAAAGUACGUUUAGAUCGCAUUGAUCGUAUAUUCAAGAAUUUAGAAGUUGUACCACUUUUCGGCGAUAUGCAAAUAGCUCCCUUCAAUUAUAUUAAGUGCAGUAAGCAUUUCGAUCAAAGCAAAUGGCCUUUGUCGACUUCAACUGCUACGAGCCCCCAAGCUGAUUUAAUGGUUCACUUGCCACAAAUACGCGAGGAUCAUGUUAAAUACAUAUCAGAGCUGGCACGGUAUACAAACGAAGUUACAACAACCGUUAAGGAGAAUCCCACAGAUGCUGAAAAUAGAGCUACCGCCGAUUUAGCGUUGAGAGGUUUGCAAUUGCUAUCCGAGUGGACUAGCGUUGUAACGGAAUUGUACUCUUGGAAAUUGCUGCACCCUACCGAUCAUCAUCUCAAUAAAGAAUGUCCCGUCGAGGCCGAAGAAUAUGAAAGAGCAACACGUUAUAACUAUACUUCAGAAGAAAAAUUUGCCUUAAUCGAAGUUAUUGCUAUGAUUAAAGGAUUGCAGGUUCUAAUGGCUCGGAUUGAGACAGUAUUGUGUGAAGCUAUACGUCGUAAUAUAUAUUCCGAAUUGCAAGAUUUUGUGCAACUUUCUUUGAGAGAGCCCAUGCGUAAAGCUAUUAAAAAUAAAAAAGAUUUAAUACGCAGUAUAAUAAUGUCGGUACGUGAAACGGCAGCCGAUUGGCAGAAGGGAUCCGAGCCAACCGACGAUCCUGCCACUAAAGGGAAAAAAGAUCCUGAUGGCGGUUUUCGCAUACAUGUGCCACGUCUUAAUGUUGGACCCUCUUCCACGCAAUUGUAUAUGGUCCGUACAAUGCUGGAAUCACUUAUUGCCGAUAAAAGUGGCGGUAAACGAACUUUACGCAAAGACAUUGACGGCAAUUGUUUAAUGCAAAUCGAUACGUUUCACAAGACUUCCUUCUACUGGAGCUAUUUAUUAAAUUUUAGCGAUACAUUGCAAAAAUGUUGCGAUCUUUCCCAACUAUGGUAUCGUGAAUUCUACUUGGAAAUGACCAUGGGUCGUAGAGUGAAUAAGUGUACUGUUAAGCAUCAACAUAAUGAAGAGUGUAAAGAUUUAAUUACCAUGGAGAAGCGUAUACAAUUCCCUAUUGAAAUGUCAAUGCCAUGGAUAUUAACGGAUCACAUUUUACAAACCAAGGAACCCUCGAUGAUGGAAUUUGUUUUAUAUCCAUUGGAUUUGUAUAAUGAUUCGGCUCAUUAUGCUUUAACGGUUUUCCGUAAACAAUUCCUUUACGAUGAAGUCGAAGCUGAAGUAAAUCUUUGCUUUGAUCAGUUCGUUUACAAAUUAAGCGAACAGAUCUUUGCCCAUUAUAAACAAUUGGCAGGCAGCAUUUUCUUGGAUAAACGUUUCCGUUUGGAAUGUGAGGUCCUAGGUUUUAAUUUCCAAUCAUGUCCACGCAAUAAUCGUUAUGAGACUUUAUUAAAACAAAGACAUGUUCAAUUGCUGGGUCGUUCCAUAGAUUUGAAUAAGCUGAUAACCCAACGCAUUAAUGCGAAUAUGCAUAAAAGCAUUGAACUAGCCAUCAGUCGUUUUGAGGGUACAGACAUUACUGGAAUUGUGGAACUUGAAGGUUUAUUGGAAUGUAAUCGUAUUUGCCAUAAAUUACUGAGUAAAUACUUGGCUUUGGACAAUUUUGAGGCGAUGGUCAAAGAAGCGAAUCACAACGUUUUAGCUCCCUACGGCCGCAUCACUCUGCAUGUAUUUGUUGAAUUGAAUUAUGAUUUUUUGGUCAAUUAUUGCUACAAUGCGGCAACCAAUCGAUUUGUACGCAGCAAAGUUAAUUUGGCAUCUGCGCAACCUAUACAACGUGAAAAGCCUUCGCAAAUGUCUCAUUAUUAUUUAUGGGGUUCUAAGCAAUUGAAUGCUGCUUAUUCAACGCAAUACGGUCAAUAUUCGGGAUUUGUUGGAGCACCGCACUUUCAUGCCAUGUGUCGUUUGUUAGGUUAUCAAGGCAUUGCAGUCGUUAUGGAUAUUAUUUUAAAGGACAUAGUUAAACCUUUAAUACAAGGUUCAUUGUUGCAAUUUACGAAAACUUUAAUGAGCGCCAUGCCCAAAUCCUGUAAAUUGCCCCGUUGUGAAUAUGGUUCACCUGGCGUAUUAAGUUAUUAUCAAGCUCAUCUCACGGACAUUGUUCAAUAUCCGGAUACAAAAACUGAACUUUUCCAAUCAUUUCGCGAAUUCGGAAAUUGCAUAAUAUUUUGUUUAUUAAUUGAACAGGCAUUGUCGCAAGAGGAGGUAUGCGAUUUACUACAUGCCGCUUUAUUUCAAAAUAUUUUUCCCCGACCAUUUUGCAAGGAAAAUGAAAAGCCAGAAGCCAAGCAAAAACGUUUGGAGGCUCAAUUUGCAAAUUUACAAAUUGUUUCAAAUGUUGAGAAAUUGGGUACUGCUAAGCAAGCUAUGAUUGCACGUGAAGGUGAUUUAUUGACACGCGAGCGCCUCUGUUGCGGACUUAGUAUUUUCGAAGUUAUACUCAAUCGAAUUAAAAGUUAUUUGGACGAUCCCGUCUGGACUGGACCAUCGCCAGCUAAUGGCAUUAUUCAUGUUGAUGAAUGUUCAGAAUUUCAUCGUUUAUGGUCGGCUUUGCAAUUUGUUUAUUGUAUACCGGUAAGAGGCACUGAGUAUACCAUAGAAGAACUUUUCGGUGAAGGUUUAAAUUGGGCUGGUUGUGCAAUGAUUGUUCUAUUGGGUCAACAAAGGCGUUUCGAAGCUUUGGACUUUUGUUAUCACAUCUUAAGAGUGCAGCGUGUCGAUGGCAAAGAUGAAGAUGUUAAAGGAAUUAAACUUAAACGUAUGGUAGACCGUAUAAGACGCUUUCAAGUAUUGAACUCGCAAAUUUUCGCUAUACUGAACAAAUAUCUGAAAGGUAGUGACAUUGAAGGAUCCAAUGUGGAGCAUGUACGGUGCUUCCCACCGCCGCAACAUCCCUCUAUUAUAUCGUCACAUUACCAAGAUCCAAAUAAAUUGCGGCAAAGCAUGAAUAAUUAAAUAAUAUAUAUAUGUAUAUAUAUAUAUAUAUAUAUAUAUAUACAAAUGUAACAAUGUAAGCAAAGUAUAUUUAAAUAAGUUAUAAAACAUUGUUCACCACCAGUCGAAGACCCAAAAACCAAACGGUUUUUUUCUUUAUUAUUUAUUUCUAAGCAAAUAAUUAAAAUAUCAAUAGUAUUCUAAUCCAAAAUACUUUAAUGAUUUUCCACACAUAAAAACGAAUUGUAAUACAAUGUUUUUUAUAUUUUGAUAUUAUUUGAUAUUUAUAAUAAUUAUA